AUGCUUCUCAUGUACCAACAACAGCAGCAACAACAGCAGCGGCUAGCUGAAUGCACCGCUGAGGAAGACGUGGCGGGGGCGGCAGCGGCCGGUGGAGCCGCCAGCGCUGCCAUAAUGGCCCGGUCGUACACGGGCUUCACACCGCCGGCGUCGCGAGGUGGUUGCGUGGGCGGCACCGGCGGCCGGGCUUCCCCCAUCAGGUGCCGUACGCCGCGGCUUAGCGCGUCGCCGGCGUCGGCACCGUUGCCCGCCGGAACCCACCUCUGGGAUGCCGCUGGCGGGUUCGUACUGGGCUCCUUCGGCGACCCCGCCGGGGCCAUCAGCACCCUCAGCCCCCUGGGCGGAGCCGGCGGCAGCGGCGGCGGCAGCGGCGGCGGCGGCAGCCCGCUGCACCCGUCAUCUCGUACCAUGACGCCGCGCAGCGACGCCACCGCAGCACUGCCAGGAGGAGCAGCGCCGCUGACGGCGGCGGCGACGGCAGCGGCGCAGCUGUGGUGGCCGCUGGCGGCGACGCCAUCCGUUAGCGGCCCCCUAGACGUUAAAGCUCCUGGUUGGAUGAUGCAGCCCGGUUUGCAAGAGGACCUUACCACAUACUACCCGGUAGAGAUACCUCUAAUGGGAGGCAGAACCCGGCCCCCGUGUAUAGCCGUGCAGCCGCCGGCGCACCAUUAAGCGCGAGAGGGGCCCCGGGAUGAGUUCCCCAAGAGCAUCACGACCUGCAGUCAACACACCCAUCCGCAUGAUAUAUCCGAAGAAAGGGGCUAACGCGCGAGGGUGGUCUUGUCUUGCUGUUUGUGGAGGAAAAAGGAUAUUAUGCCGGCUUGCGGCUAGCUGGGCCACUACUGAAGCCGCAGCCAGAUUUACUGUCGGUAUUGAGUUGCUGAGUGUUUUUCUGUUAAGGUUGCUGUUUUGUUUGUUGUUUGUUGGUAUUGGGGUUGUAAUUUUUAUUUAUCUUCUUCUUCUGUGAAAAGGAAAAGUUGGUCUCGCCGCGAUUGCAACGUCCUUUAUCCAGAGAUGAGGCCUUGCCAUGCGCAGGGACCCGUCAAAGGGCGUUUUUUUGGUUGAGCACAAUUAUAGAACUCGUAUUUAUAUCUCUGGAUGGUUUCACCGAAUCGAUGGUUUCACCGAACUGUAAAACCCUAAGUUGUCGUGAAAUUGAGAGCCAAUAUGUGUAUCUCCCACUUCGUACGAUUUCAGUCACU